GAAAACGAUUUCCCUGUAUCAUUUGAGUCAAUUGUGAAAAAGAUUCAGCGGUUGUUGUUCCAUGUGGUGGCUCACAUUUAUCACAGCCACUUCCGUGAGAUGGUCCUGCUCAACCUGCAUGCCCAUCUCAACUGCAUCUUUGCCCAUUUCAUACUCUUCAAUGAACGGUUUGGACUUAUUGAUGAAAAGGAGACUGAGAUAUUACAUGAUCUUGUUGUUGCUCUGAAACUUCACCCAGAAAGUGAGCAGUCAGAUGCGACCACAACAGCAACCACCACGAUAACAACCACCACCUCAUCCACCACCAGUUGUAGUCAGAUAGUUGGGUUAGAUUGUAGUGGUAGUCCAGCUGCAAGCAGUGGUGACACCAGUACAGCAAUUAAUACAUUAUCAUCAGAGAGAGAAGGUGGAACAUGUCCGAGCUCUGAAGAUCAAGAAUCCUCCAGUGUAACUGACACGGCAGCUGUCACCAUGGACAGCAGCAGUGGUGUAAUGGCAUCAACAGAAGAUUCUUCUGCAGGAGCAACAGCGCCCCUGCUUCCAGAUACGGGGGCGGUGCCUGACACUCGGCCAUAGUAAUCCCUUGAGCUAGAGAACCAAUGUAUGCGGGUGCCCUAGUCUAGCCUUCAUUGCAGAUCUGCCUUUGCAGGUAGCAACAUGCACGGUUGCAGCACCUUAGCCUUAGCCGUGUAUGGGCAUGGUCAUGCAAUGGAGAUGCUAGGCAGGGGUUCCUAGGGAUAUGUUGUGUACAUAUGUGUUGUAAAGUCCCUAGAAGAUAACUAUUGCUAUACAAAUACUAUUUAUAUUUAUCCUGCGUUAUCACAUGAGCACACAUUCACCAUAAAGUGCUUUGUUUUCACCUACACUCAAGGAGAGCAACUUAACAAGAGGUGAAUACAUGGUCUUAAAGCAAGCUUUUAAGUAGAUGCAAAAUGUUUAUCAAGAAAACUUUAUUCUUGUGAUUUUAGCUGUAUUUGACAAAAAAAAAGGUAUUUUUAUUGAGUUAAAGUUUGGUUUGCCUGAUAAACACAUUGGUGUUUGGUUCAUGUCUAGGUGCUUGGUUGGAAAAUCAGUUCUCAGAAUUAGUUUUUGUGAUGUUCAUAAUUUUCCGACCAAGUUUCUGUUAUAAUGUAAGUAGGCUUCAAAAGUCCUCACUAGUCGAUAUGUGAUGUGUCUCCUGGUAGGUUUCCAUAUGCAGUACAAACUUUCCCAAGAAUGUUUUUAGUUCUUUUUCUUUUUUCUCCCUUUUAUUGUUAAUUUUUACUUUCUUCAUUUUGAGAGCACAUAAGCAUUUAUGUUUAUUAGUUACCAGUACGCAUUAACAUUCUUUGAUUAAUAUGCACAUUCAGUAUUCCCUUCUGUUAUGAAAAAAAAAAAUUGGUAUUUUGAAAGGUUUGCUGUACCUUUCUGUAUUGAACAUGUACUUAAUUAUGAAGCAUAAGAGGGAAUAAUAAAGCAAAUUUGGUUGGUUCACAAAGCAACUUGCUAAGAAUUACCUCAACCAUGUGAAGUAUAAGACAUACUGGUUAGCUUCAGCAGUUGUAGAUGAUACAUAUUCUAAAUAACACUUCAAUAUCUUCCCCCAAAUAGAUAGGCAAAGAUAAUAGAUUGAAGAUAAUGUUUGCAACACCACAUUGGAAUUCCCAGGCCAGCAGUGCUUACAGUAAAGCUUCCUUGGUGUCCUUAUGAUAUCCCAUGAAUUACCAUUAAUGGAUACGCAGAAGUAUGUCCCUACUGAUAUGGUAGGGACAUGAGCAUGGCUGCCUGGGUAUUCAUUUUACCAAUGAGGUGUUGCAGAGGAGAGAUUCCUGCCCUUUCUAACUGACAUAUGUUUGAUAUCAUAGUACAGUACUAACUGUAUAAUGUAAUGAGGUUUUGUUCAUCUAUCUAGUUUAUAUAAUUUUUCUGUAUAAGAUAUAAUGUAAUGAAAUGAUGUACCAUUUCAAAAUUAUAGGAAUCAGAUAUGCAUUAUUUUGAAUGUGACAAUAAUGGACAAAUGUAAGGAGCAAGGAGGUAUCCUAGAGACACAGCAUUGUUACACCCAAAUAAUAUCUGACUGUUGCACCCUUAUCUUUUAUCCAGACAACCCUUGUGGUACAUUACCCAGUCUUUACAGCUCAACAGUACAGAGUCUGUUUCAGCUUUUUCAUACCCUGACAGUAUCUACAUCAUCCUGUACAAUCCCCAGCCCUUAUUUUUACAACAGUAUAAUGUUUUUAACCUCAUCAAAACUGUUACUACACCAGGCUGUUGCAGGGAAUUUAUUUGUCCAAGUGAGUUAUGUACUUUAUGAUUAUUUAUUUCUACCUUGUUUGUUAGCUUCAGAUUACUUCUAAUCAAGCUAGAUCUUGCAGGCAAGGAUUUAUAGAGUGAUAUGCAGAGUCUAGAAUACUGUAUAUGCUGAUGUUGUUUGCCUAGUGAAAUAUUAUCAGUGAUGACAGGUAUAUUCCUAAAUAUGUUUGAUUGAGAUGUAUAUAAUGAAAAGUUGUUAUGUGGUGAUCCUAGUGGUAUAAGAAGAGUCAACCCAGAGGUCUGUAAUCCACAAGGCAGGAAUCCAGCAUGGGAUAAUACCUCAAUGAGAGAGGAGCCCAUCUAGCAGUCAGUACUUUUGCAAAGGAGGUAUCCGCAUAGGAUCCACUUCUCAUAAUGAGAAAUCCACCCUCUGCAUGUAUGUCUCCUUGGAAGCAACCAACCCAGUGGUCACUGCCUCCACCUGUGAAGAACCCACCCAGCUAUCCAUACCUCAGCAUAUGAGGAACCCACUACAUGCUCCAGUUAACCGCCUUGGAGCAACCUGCCUCAACCAGUAACAUGGUAGAAGGUGCCCUGGGCUUCCCACAGCUCACUUGCAUCUUGCGAUACAAAGACAGCUACCAUAUCAUACAUUAUGAAUCUGUCUUUUACAGCUUCCCAGAGCAAUGUAUGCUUAUUAAAAACCUAAUGUUGCUGAUCAUGAUAGGUGAGGCAUUUUUGGGACUGUGUGACUAUAAUAAUUGAUGGCUGCGUAAAAUACCAGGCACAUCUACUUGGUGGACUUGUAGAGUACCAGUGUACGGGAAGGCCCACAGAGGCUCAACUACUUGAUGGCCUUGUAGAGUACCUCUGUAAAUCAGGCUCAUGGUGAUACAUCUUUAUGGUGACUAUGUAAGGGUGUCAUGAUGAGCCAGACACAGAGUAACAUACCUGCUUGGUGGCCUUUUUGAGUACCAGUGUUAGGCCAGGCCCAUUGGUGGCACACCUGCGCUCGCCAUCUAAUGCUUCACUUUGCUAAGCUUUGCCACUCAGGAUUGACCUUCCCAAAUAUUAGGUUAUCAAUGAAUUUUGGGUACCAAAUUUUAGUAAGCAGUUAUAGGAAGUAAAGUUAGCUGCUGUAUUAUGCCCUCCUUCAAGAUAGUGAUAAACUACCUGUAGCCCAGAUGUUUAUGCCUUUUCUAGAAACUUGUGUUCCUAUGAUAACCUGUAUUGUGUUUAAUCUAGUUCAUUACACUCCCCUUGGUUAGAACUGUAAAAGGAUUCUUUUGAUUUGGUGUUGACAAAAUGAUUGCAACACUAUCUUCAUGCCUUCCUAGCCUCUGUCAUAGCUACUUGAUUUAAUGGAGAAAAGCUUCGUGGCUUUUUGAAUUGAGUGAAUCAGUAGCAUUGUCAUUAUUGCUGAAAAAUUGGCAGAUGACAAGCAUUUUACUUGUUUUCUGACUUCCUCGUGAUAUGUAUGGAAUGUGUGCAGAGUUCUAGAAGUGGGUGGUGGUGUGGGAUGGCGGUCUGGGAUAUGACGUUAUGUAUUCUGUAGCUGUGGUAGCAAUGGUUGUGUAGUAUUGAGAGUUAGGGCAGCCCAGGCUGACUCCCACCCCAGCAGCAGAUCUUGGCUUGUCAUGCCGCCCUCGUGAGUGUGCCUAUCUUUAUUUUACUGUGUGUUCCUCAUCUGAAGGCAGUACCUUCCAUUCCCCGAUCUGUGGUAACUGUCUUGACUUUCAAGUCAGUCCAUCUAGCUCUUUUCCCAAGAUUCUGUGUUUUUCAUGAAUGGAUAGGGUUCUUUUGUGUAUAACAUUGUUAUAUUUAUGCAUUGUAAAUUUCAUCCCCUAUUAAGGGCAUUAAUUUGUGAAAUUUUCUAUACUAAAGCAUAGAAAUUUUAUCAGUUUAUUAGAUUAAAGAAAAAAGAUCUAUGAAGACAAGAAAAAAUGAGGAGUAAUGAGUAAAUAAGAUAAUAUCUAAAUAGCUGCAAGGUUCCUUGGGUCAGGGAGGGAGUUGAUGGGUGGACACACAGGAAAGAAACAAAGAAAAGAGGGUGGGAUAUAUAAUAGGGAAAGGAACUGAAGUAUGGGAGCAGGAAGGGGAGGAACGCACAGAUAGAGAAGGGCACUUGUACGUGUGUGUUAAUCCUUGUGAUACUCUUGAUCCUUUGAUCAGCUUAGUGAGACAGGAAAUGUUUUAAGGAAUAAUUAUUAUUGCAAAAAUAAUAAUAAAAAUAAUUUGCACUGG